CUGAAUGUGCUCGCAUGAAUCAGCUUUGCCGCAGCUAGCUUUUCCCCGAGAGCAUCCUUCUCAUGAAUGAAAUUAACAGACAGGAUGGAUUUGUUUUUUUAUUUUUUAUUUUUUUCUUUUGACAGGAAUGGAUUUGUUUAGCUAAGAGGAAGAGGGUGAUCCUAUGACUAUGAGUGUGCUCUCAUGGCGAUACCCUCCUUUACAGAGAAUUAAGUUCUCAAUCCAUAUUCCAUGCAUGUUGGGACGCACAUCCAAUGAACGUUGUAAGAUUGGGAUUGGACCGCACAGUUGAAUCGAUGACCUGACAACCCAAUGGAUUUUUUUUCGGUCCCGGUUAAAUUACGGUGUUCAUGAUUUGAAGCGGUUAUUCCAUCCACGACCACGAGCUUACAGUCCCAGUCGGAACGAGAGAGAGAGAGAGAGAGAGAGAAAAUCUAAAAAGGUCAUACAGAAUACCGAGAUAACUCCACUCCUUUGGAAGGGAAGUGGAGUGGUGGGCCAGCGAGGUCUGAAUCUGAGACUUCGACUUCUCCCGCUGUUUUCAGCUAUAUAAUACAGGGAUACAGGGAGACCAAAAACCUCUUGCUCGGUUCUUGCCCUCCCUUAAAGAACCACAAGAAUUCACGCCAUUUGCAACUAAAUUGUUUGAGAGGUUCAAUCCCCUUUUUCCUUUAAUUUUCUGUUUGGAUCUGAUACGAUACUAUAUUCUCUGGAUUCCGCAAAUGGUACAGCAAAAGGUAGUCCUCAAGGUCAUGACCAUGACCGAUGCCAAGACGAAGCAGAAAGCUAUGGAAGCUGUGGCUAGCAUCUUCGGUAUUGAUUCGAUUGCAGCUGAUCUAAAGGCUCAACAGAUAACCGUAAUAGGGGAAAUGGACACGAUCGCAAUUGCCAAAAAGUUGAAGAAAUUUGGGAAAGUGGAUAUAGUAUCAGUUGGGCCAGCUAAAGAGGAAAAGAAAGAAGAGAAGAAGGAAGAGAAGAAAGAAGAAAAGAAGGAAGAGAAGAAGGAAGAGAAGAAAGAAGAGAAGCCGGAGGAAAAGAAAGAGGAGAAGAAAUAAAAUUUUGAGGAGAGCAAAUACAAGAUACAAUAUGGUAACAUUUUUUAACAUAUUUUGGUUAUUGGAGGGGGAGGUGUUAUUUCUUUUCUCUUCUCCUUCUUCGUUUUCUUGUUGUAUUUUAAUUGUGAAAAAUAAAUAAAUAAAUAUACAAUUAUACCGUACUAGGGGCAGUAGAGCAUAUCAUCAAUUUGAUUUGUUUUGAGAUCGUUUUAUUCUGAUCGAGAGA